AUGGAUCCCGGCCCUCUCGCCAUUCGGGAGCAGUCCGGGGCUCAAGGGGUUUCAGGAGCGCAGCCCUCUUGCCCACGGGAAUGGCUCGGCGGCGGCCGAUCGCCUCUGACGGCGCGGCCCGGUCCUUCCGCCCUCCGGACUGAGUCCUGUCCGGGAAAGAGAUUCGGGGACUGCCGAGACAGCUGCGCCGAGGCCUCCGGAGCGAGAAAUUCCAGGGGCUGGGAAAUCCGCCGGCUGCCGACGUGCGCGUGUUUUGCCCGCCAGGCCUGGGACCGAAUCGCCCCGUAUUUGAAGCUGCGCCCCCGCUGCGAAGGUUCCCGCUUCAAUCCACAGGCGACUAUUGAAGGCGCCCGGGAUGAACAUCGGCAGGGGCGCUCGGAGGCGAAGGGGACGGAUAACUUGCUGGAAAGUUUGACCAGAUACUGGACUGUACCCCCACACGUCUGUUCCAAGGGCGUGGACAAGUCAGAGAGCUUUUCCAAGGGAGAGGUUGUCACUUUGCGCCUUUGCCUGCUGAUUGCUGAAACCCAUGUCCAGUCCAAGACACGGCAGCUGAUCCUGGCAGUGGUGGCGGCAGUGCUGUUGCCUUCCCGUGAGCGCCUCAGCCAUAGCAACACCAGCCGCUGCCCCCUAGCCCAGCCCAAGCAAGCCGAGCCUGCUCCCAGCUCCUUGCGAUGUGGGCAGCUGAUCCUGGCAGUGGUGGCGGCAGUGCUGUUGCCUUCCCGUGAGCGCCUCAGCCAUAGCAACACCAGCCGCUGCCCCCUAGCCCAGCCCAAGCAAGCCGAGCCUGCUCCCAGCUCCUUGCGAUGUGACUCAGAGCAGAGCACGGGGUCAGACACUGAAGUGCUGGCCGAGAGGACGUCUUGCUCGUUUGGCUCUCACCCUGACCUCCCGGCCGGUGGCUCCCUGCCGCAGCCGCCUCCUACCUCGUCCAUGGAGGAGAUCCAGGUGGAGCUGCAGUGUGCGGAUCUUUGGAAGAGGUUCCACGAUAUUGGCACAGAAAUGAUCAUCACUAAAGCAGGCAGGAGAAUGUUUCCUGCGAUGAGAGUGAAGAUUACAGGGUUGGACCCUCACCAGCAGUAUUAUAUUGCCAUGGACAUUGUGCCUGUGGAUAACAAGAGAUACAGGUAUGUUUACCACAGUUCCAAGUGGAUGGUUGCAGGCAAUGCGGACUCCCCUGUACCUCCCAGGGUUUACAUCCACCCCGACUCGUUGGCCUCUGGAGAUACCUGGAUGAGGCAGGUUGUCAGUUUCGAUAAGCUCAAGCUGACCAACAAUGAGCUGGAUGACCAAGGCCACAUAAUCCUGCACUCGAUGCACAAGUACCAACCGCGCAUCCACGUGAUCCGCAAAGACUUCAGCAGCGACCUCUCCCCUACAAAGCCAGUCCCCGCCGGCGAUGGGGUGAAAACCUUCAACUUUCCUGAGACCGUCUUCACCACGGUCACGGCCUAUCAAAACCAGCAGAUCACCAGAUUAAAAAUUGACCGGAAUCCAUUUGCAAAAGGGUUCAGGGAUUCUGGAAGGAACAGAACCGGCCUGGAGGCCAUUAUGGAAACAUAUGCCUUCUGGAGGCCCCCCGUGCGGACCCUCACCUUUGAAGAUUUCACCACCAUGCAGAAACAGCAAGGGGGCAGCACGGGCACUUCCCCGACAACCUCCAGCACUGGGACUCCCUCGCCCUCUGCAUCUUCUCACCUUCUCUCUCCAUCAUGUUCCCCCCCAGCCUUUCACUUGGCCCCCAACACUUUCAAUGUCGGCUGCCGGGAGAGUCAGCUCUGUAACCUGAAUAUCUCCGACUAUCCUCCAUGCGCCCGAAGCAACAUGGCGACCCUGCAGAGCUACCCGGGGCUGAGCGAGAGUGGAUACAACCGGCUCCAAAGCAGCACUGCCUCUGCCACUCAGCCUUCUGAAAACUUCCUGCCUCAGCGGACUCCAUCCUUGAUCUCAGGAAUUUUUUUUUGCAACGGCAAGAUGGAAGCCUACGGCGGCCAGCUGGGGUCAUUCCCAGCCUCUCAGUUCCAGUAUGUCAUGCAAGCUGGCAACCCAGCCUCCACCUCUUCUUCCUCCCACAUGUUCAGCGGCGGCCACAUGCAGCAGAGCUCCUACAACGCCUUUUCCCUCCACAAUCCUUACAACUUGUAUGGAUACAAUUUCCCCGCUUCUCCAAGGUUGACGGGAAGCCCCGAGAAACUGCCCGCCACCCAAAGCACUUUACUCUGCUCUUCGCCUUCCAAUGGGACUUUUGGAGAGAGGCAGUAUCUUUCAACAGGCAUGGAUCAUGGGAUGCACGUGAUCAGCAGUCCUCCGGGCAACAGCCAACCAAUGGCCAACGCCUGCGAUAACAGACAGUAUGGGGCCGUACCGGGGUCUUCUUCACAAAUGCCAGUGCACAUGGUUUAACCAGUGCUCGGUGUCGUCCCCGGAGGAGUGAGAACCUCAUGGUUGAUCUUGGCACCCUCUUCCCCGUUGCUUUUGCAAGUUAAAACAGGACUAGUCUUCGAGCGAUGUACGGAAAUGCAAGCCAUCUAUAGCUAUAACCCAAAGAACCAGACCGAGAGCUGUGGGCACGACCGCCACCGCUACCUCGCGUGGCUCACUGGCUUCUGUCCCAGUGGAUUCUUUUUUUACAGAGAAAAUGGCAUCAUUUGCAAUAAACGGGAGGGGGGGAGCCCCUAUAUAGCAUAUGCAAUAAUCAUCUGAGCGUGGUGUGAACUGUUCACAGUAGAGGAAGUGCAGUGUGUGCGCAGUUCCUUCUGUGUUUCCCGGAUGCGAGCAAGCCAUAAUGACCUCGGCUUACGAAGCCGCACAGCCCGUGAGAGGCCGUUGUGUUGUCACUAGCGGUUCCCUCUCUUGCCGUCUGCAGUAAUGAAUUCCAAUCCUGUGGCCUUCUCUCGCCCACUGUAGCAACAGAACAUUAUACCUGAACUGAAAUUUCUCUUCCGGGGGGGAGAUUUUUACCUUUGAAGAAGAGCUCUUUUGCUCUUCCCCAUGAGAACAGUCAAUUCCCCCCCCCCCUCACGGAAGUAUGUAUGAAUGAGAGAAAGGGAGGGGUGAGUAACCAGACAAAACUUUCCUUCACCUCUACAGGUGAAAUGCUUCUUUAAACCUAUUCAGCUAUGAAGAGAGUCGUAGGAUUCCAUUUUGGAAAUGCUGCAUUAGGGGACAGGGCGUUCAGUUGUACCCUCAGUGCCUUAAAGCCGUUGCUAGGCAAAGUAAAGUUAGCCAUGCCAAUGGGCCAGCUGUUUUCAGAAUAUAUACAGCCCGUAAGGGAAGAAGUUGCCCAACUGAGUUCAUGUCAAGCAGUGGGCAGACAAUAAAUGUGGUGAGAAUGCCUGGCCUGAGGCCAGCCAUUUUGCAUACCUGCACCAGAGGAUGAGGAAAAUGGCCGCCAUUCACCUCAGGAGCAGCCCUAACUCACCCUGCCAGCCGAGCUAAGACAUCACUGCCUUUUAAAAUAAUAAUAAUAAUUUCCCCUUCUGGCUUUAUGUUUCCUUCAAGCCUUCUAAAAGUAAGCAGGCGAGUGACGCUUCUUACAAGCUAAGCAAUAAAAAGCCGUGUGAAAUUGCGAAUGACAAGUAAAGGAAUGCAGAAGCUACAGUAUAGAGAUUUGUUUUGAGGUGUUUGUAGAUAAAUGUAUUUAUGUUUCUAGCGUGCGGGGGGAGGGGAACUCAAUAUUAUGAAUAUUAGAGGGCAAUAAAUGGGUAUGUAAAAUAUAUAUUGAAAGAAAAUGUAUAAAGAUUUGCCCUACACAGGGAACUCUGUUUCUAGGUGCCAAGCACAGAACUGAUGCAAAAUAAACAUUUGUCCUUUUCUUGUUUGGUCUGUCAGUAAUCCAGGCAUCCGGUUGCAUGGGAUGACUUUACUUGCUAUGGGUGAGGGCAGACAACCUAUCAAAAGAGAGGAAACAGCAGGUAGGGUUGCCAACCCCCAGGUGGGGCCUGGAGAUCUCCC